AUGGAGUCUCCAGGAGGCGAAAAGAGCAAUAACAGCGAUGGAGCUGUUGAUCCCCAGCAGCCGGAGAACCAGCCUGGCUUCAAGGAUUUCGUGAGAAUCUUCCACUAUGCCGAUCGACUAAGUAUGUUCCUUAAUAUCCUAGCAUUUACUUGCGCUAUUGCUAGUGGUGUCGCUUUGCCAUUAAUGACCAUCGUCUUCGGCGGGUUCGCAAGCAAAUUCGCCGCUUUUGCCGGUGGUUCGACAGAUACCGGUUCCUUCCAGAGCAUUGUAAACGAAUACGUCUUGUGGUUCAUAUAUCUCUUCGUUGGGAGGUUCGUGGUCACCUUGACUGCAAACCUCGCCAUCACCGUGUCCGGUAUUCGCACAACCAGAGCCCUCAGACAGGCUUAUUUCGAGCACCUCCUCCGAACCGAGAUCUGGUAUUACGAUACCGCCAAAGAUAGCUCCCCCGCUGUGCAAAUCAGCACAAAUGCUACUCGUAUCAACCAAGGGAUCGCUGAGAAGCUGGUGCUCGUUAUCCAAGGAUUGGCCAUGUUUUUUUCAUCCUUCAUUGUGGCAAUCGCUGUACAAUGGAAACUAGCCCUAAUUACAUUGAGCGUGGUCCCAGCCAUGUUUGUUGCAAUUGGGAUCUGUCUGACCAUUGAUGCUCCCAUUGAGGCGAAAAUUGCGCAGAUUUAUUCGAAUGGAGCUGCCCUAGCCCAGGAGGCUCUAUCAUCGAUCAAGACUGUCCAAGCAUUUUCAUCUCAGGAUGGUAUGAUUGAGAAAUAUGAUGAGUACCUAGCGGAGGCCCACGAACAUGCGAAAAAGAAGCUGAUACCCUACGGAAUAAUGUCUGGGACAAUCUAUUUUUGCAUAUACGCAGGGAAUGCUUUGGCCUUCUGGCAAGGUUAUCGCAUGUUCCUAAGCGGAGAAAUAGAUGCAGUUGGCAGUGUCUUCACGGUUGUCUUCUGUACAGUCAUUGCAUCGACUUCUAUUAACCUAUUCUUCCCGCAAAUCCCAGCCAUUACUAGCGCAAUAGGUGCCGCCGCAGAAUUCUUCCGAAUCAUGGACAAGCCGUCGGAGUUGGACCCUCUAGCCGACUCGGGUCUAAAGCCUGAUAAAUGCAUUGGGGCUAUUGAAGUGGAAAAUGUCUCGUUUUCCUAUCCAUCGCGACCGACAGCUCAGGUGCUGCAAGGUCUCAGUCUUUCUAUCCCGGCUGGGAAAACAACAGCAUUAGUCGGUGCCAGCGGGUCUGGCAAGAGUACGAUGGUCGGGCUGCUAGAGCGUUGGUACGUGCCCACUGAGGGCUGUAUAACGGUGGACGGUACAGACAUAACCAAACUGAACACAAAGUGGCUUCGUAGCCAGAUCUCGUUGGUGCAGCAGGAACCUGUUCUAUUUCAAGGCACCAUUUUUCAGAACGUGGCGAGAGGCUUCCUUGACUCACAAAAGGACUUGCCGUAUGAAGAACAGCGGCGAAUCGUACAAGAGGCUUGCAAGUCUAGCUACGCGCACGAUUUUGUCCAAGCCCUCCCACAGGGCUAUUCCACCUAUCUUGGAGAGCGCGGUGGCACUCUGAGUGGAGGACAGAAACAGCGUAUUGCAAUCGCACGCAGUAUUGUAUCCGACCCCACGAUUUUGCUCCUUGAUGAAGCCACGAGCGCGUUAGAUCCCUAUGCGGAACGAGUUGUUCAAGAUGCCUUGAACCAUGUAUCUAGUAGCCGAACAACCGUCAUGAUCGCCCAUCGUCUUUCGACUGUGAAAAACGCUGAUAACAUUGCUGUCGUGUCUAACGGACGGAUUGUGGAACAGGGAACUCAUGAGGAACUGAUUGCCCUCCAAGGCAACUAUGCUGCACUCGUGAAAGCUCAAAAUCUUCAUGGAAGCCAAGAACGGUCCCAAAAGGAGUUUUCGCUUGAGGAAACAGGCUUAUCUAUCGCUGCUGAGAGCCCUCUCUUUGAUCCUACCGGAGAUGAGAAACAGGAGCUGAGUGAUAAGUCCAAGUCGACUGAUAAACGCUCCAUCUGGGGAAUUCUGUUCUUGAUAUUGCGGGAGCAGAAAUCCAUUUAUCGUCAUCUUUUCGUCAUUGCUAUCGGCUGUAUUCUUGCAGCAGGGACGCACCCUGGUCAGGCUAUUCUCUUCUCGAAGCUAAUUGAGGUGUUCACUCCCAACGGUGAGCCCAAAUCAGGUUCAGCGAACUUCUACGCUCUCAUGUUUUUCGUCAUUGCCCUAGGCAAUCUUGUGGCAUACACCAUUGUAGGAGGCCUUUGCAUCAUGAUCUCACAAGCUGUCACCCGCAAUUACCGUUCAGAACUUUUCCGGCGCAUCAUCAAUAUGGACAUCGAAUUCUUCGACCAGCGGGAGAACACGUCGGGAGCAUUGGCAUCAAACUUAUUGACGGUACCAAACAACAUCCAAGAGCUCAUUUCAGUCAACAUUUUCGUUCUACUCAUUCUUAUUAUCAGCUUGUUCGCUAGCUGUGGCCUCGCUCUUGGUUAUGGAUGGAAAUUGGCUCUCGUUAUGAUAUUCGCUGGACUGCCUAUCCUCAUGGGAGCCGCUUUUAUUCAACUGCGUCUCGAGGCUAAAAUGAAUGACAAUAACGAAGCCCGGUUUUCGGAUAGUGCUAGUCUCGCGGUAGAGGCUGUCAGCGCCAUACGAACUGUUUCGUCCCUGACUCUUGAAUCCGAUCUACUCACUGAGUACUCUCAAAACCUUCGUGGUAUACUUCGCCGCUCGAUGAAGACCAUGAUAACUGCAACAACCAUUCAUGCAUUGGCACAGUCAGUCGACUUCCUUGUCAUGGCACUUGGAUUUUGGUACGGAUCUCGCCUUAUGUCGUCCUUGGAGUAUACCACGGAACAAUUCUUUGUUGUUUUCAUGAGUGUGCUGCUUGCAGGGCAGGGUGCAGCUCAAUUUCUAGCCGGCGCCGGUAGCAUCACAAGAGCAAAGAGCGCAGGGACGUUUCUCUUAGAUCUCAGGGACAAGGUACCUCGUAUUCGAGUUACAGACGAGAAUAAGGAUAAAGGACCAGACGGGAAGGGGGGUAUUGCCUUGGACAAUGUCGAGUUCAGCUACCCCGGCCGCAUGUCGCCCGUUAUCCAAGGCGCUUCAAUUCAGAUUCCGUCUGGCCAAUUUGUGGCAUUCGUAGGACACAGCGGUUGCGGGAAGUCCACACUCAUCUCUCUGCUUGAACGUUACUACGAUCCCACCUCAGGCGAGAUUCGCCUAGGUGACCAGAAUAUCCAGAAUUUCUCACCAAAGCUCUACCGCGCCCAGAUGUCCCUUGUCCAACAGGAGCCGGUGCUGUUCCAAGGAACAGUAAUGGAAAACAUCGCACAAGGAGCACUAAGUGAGCCCACAGAAGACGAGAUCCAUGAAGCCGCCAAACAAGCCAAUGCAUACGAUUUCAUAAUCUCCCUCCCCCAGGGCUUCAAUACACCGAGUGGGAAGCAAGGCACGUCGUUCUCGGGUGGUCAACGCCAACGGAUCGCCCUUGCGCGUGCUCUCAUUCGACGACCAAAACUCCUCCUCCUCGACGAGGCUACCUCCGCGCUAGACACACAAUCCGAACGCAUUGUUCAGGCGGCACUUGAUAAGGUCGGGAAGAUGGAUGGCCGUACAACCAUCGCUGUGGCGCAUCGGUUAUCGACAAUCCGCGAUGCAGAUGUGAUCUAUGUUUUCGGGGAUGGAAAGAUCAUAGAGGUUGGAACCCACACCGAGCUGCAGCAGCAGAGAGGCCUAUAUUGGCAAAUGUGCCUAGCGCAGUCGCUGGACAAGUCGGUUGAAAAGGGACCGGAAGAAAUUUAA